CUCGUUUGCCGUUGAUCUGUCUUAGCUAACUACUUCACACUAGUGAGAACAGAGCUGAGCUGAGAGCAAUGGCGAUGGUGGCGAGGAGGUUCUUGGUGGCGGCGGCGGCUGUGUGCCUGGCGCUGGCGGCGGUGCCGGCGGCGAUGGGGCAGGCGGCGGCGCCGGCGCCGAAGGGGGCGGCGGCGGCGGCGCUGAACGUGACGGCGAUCCUGGAGAAGGGCGGGUCGUACACGACGUUCAUCCGGCUGAUGAAGAGCACGCAGCAGGACACGCAGCUGAACAGCCAGCUGAACGGCACGUCCACCGGCUUCACCGUGUUCGCCCCCACCGACGGCGCGUUCAGCAGCCUCAAGCCCGGCACGCUCAACUCCCUGUCGGCGCAGGACCAGGUGUCGCUGGUGCAGGCGCACAUCGUCCCCAAGUUCUACUCCAUGGACGCCUUCGACACGGCGAGCAACCCGGUGCGCACCCAGGCGUCCGGCGGCGACGGUCCCUACACGCUCAACAUCACCGCCACCUCCACCAACCAGGUCAACGUCUCCACCGGCGUCGUCGACACCACGCUCGGCACCGCGCUGCGCGCCGACCAGCCGCUCGCCGUUUACUCCGUCGACAAGGUGCUCCUCCCGUACGCGCUGUUCGGCCCCAAGCCGCCGCCGUCCCCGCCGCCGGCGCCCAGCAAGAAGCCGGCCAAGGGGGACACCAGCGCGUCCGCGGAGGCGCCCGCUGGCUCCGCCGACCACCCUGCCGGCGCCGCCCCCGCCGCCGCCAGGGCCGCCGGGUGGGGCGUGGCUGCCUUGCUGGCCGCCGCUUGCCUCUUGUAAGAUGAGAAAUUCGUGUCGGUGCAUAUGAGAUCAGAGGCUACUACUGGCUGAGUGCAUGAUGCAUUUCAAGAGUAGUUCUUGCUGCAACUUAAACUACUCCUCUUCCUCUCCUUAUUCUUCUCUCUCUCCUUGUGAUUGAACAAAUUUAUCCAGUGGUUUUGAAGAGUGGAUGACGAAAUGCAGUCGAAAUGUUUUUCUGUACAUUUUCGUAAAAAAUCUACGUAGAUCUUCGAUCUGUAAUA